UUUAUUAGUGAACGCGGAUAAAAAAAGAAAUUGAAUUACAUAAAAUUUAAAAACUUUCCACGACAAAAAUAGAAAAGAUAUAUCCCCUCCAUGCUUCAAGAAAAAAGAAAAGAAAAAAAAGGCUAAAUCGAUAGAUUUAUCAAAUUGGACAUCCCUUCCUAUUUGAACCGUCAAGUUCUCUCCGAAAGUGCACAUUUCGUAGGUUCGAUCGCGAGAAAUGGACUUGGAUGCAUCCGUUUUGAAAUCCUUCGAGUGGAUAUGGCAGGAACGCGGGCGAGAAUCCGGUGUGUAUUCGUUCUCCUUGAGUGAGGAGGUGCAACGCGUAUGUUUACAUACGUACACACAUAUACACAUACACAUAUAAACAUACAUCGUGUUAGCUGAAAGAGAGAGGGGAGAGAGAGAGAGAGAGAAACGGGAUGGGAGAGAAAGGAGACAGAGAAUCACGAUCACAGGAUGUUCCUCUCUUUCUCUUCCUCUCUCUCUCUCUUUCUCUCUCUCUCUCUCUCUCUCCUUCGUUUUGUAAGAGCGAGAGGAUAGCGAAACUCCUGCAAGCAGUCAGUCAAGCCGGUUGGCUCUGGCCCGGUGUGUUGGUUAGGUCGCUUCGUGCGCUGCCUGACUGCCUGGUCCAGACGCGAUAAGGCACGUCCGACACUUCCACCGGGAUUCUGCUCCAGGCUGAUAUCAUAUCCGGUACACCGUCGGCAUUCCCGGUUCGCCGCCGUUCGAGGUAUUUUGCGAUAGUCGCCCUACCACGACGCUGCCACCGCUCGUUUUCCCUGGAUAUGCUUAUGACGUUGAAAGAGAGAGAGAGAGAGAGAGAGAGAGAGAGAGAGAGAGAGAGAAAGAGACCGGAGACGAGUUCAGUCUCUCUCUUUUUUUCUCUUUCUUUCUUUUUCAAGUCGAGAACACGUUCGUUCUUUUUUCAACGAACUAACGUUCGAUGCUCUCUAUCUCCUUUACCUCGACAAGCUCUGCUUUUCUUAAAUUUCCAAGGAUAAGUACGUUAAGGAUUAUUAAAAAUUUGUUUUUAUUUGAGAUUGUUUUUCUUCUUUUCUUUUUUUCUUUUUUUUUUCUUGGUAUGAAGAUUAUAUACGACUAGAAAAAAAGAAAAAAAAGAAAUUCUACUUCAACGGAUUAAAAAUUGUCACCGUGUAAAAUUCAAAUUUAUUGAUGUGAGUAAAUAAGAAAUGAUUAAAAAAUAGAAAUCUAAUGGAAUCUAUCAGAAAAGUGAAAAAUAGAAAGAGUAGAAUCAAACAGGAAAGAAAAGUAAAAAUAGUAGAGAGUAGAUGGUAUGAUGGAACCGGGGAGGGGUGAAAGGGAGAAGAAGAAAAAAGGACAAAGAAGAAUUAGAAACAAGGAAGAGGAAGCAAGCAAGCAAGCAAGCAAACAAGCAAGCAAGUAAGGAAGGAAGGAAGGAAGGAAGGAAGGAAGGAAGGAAUUGCGAUCAAAGCCAUCUGUUGCAUUGUCCCGGCAAUUAGGAGGCGACAGCUGAGUCUCACCGUACUUACUUCCAGCAGAGAUUCUCAGCCAGGUGGCACACGUGCGUCCUAUCGAUCACAAACGAAGUCAAAGAUAUGAAGAAGGGAGGGAGGAGAGACGAGAGUGAGGAAUCUCAACGAUAUUUGAGAAUCGUUAUGAUGUUGAGAACCUCUGCCGGAAGUAACAGCUGGCCGAAGGGAUAGUAACAUCAGCAGCAGCAGCAGCAGCAGCAGCAACAGCAGCAGCAGCAGUAGCAGCAGUAGCAGCAACAGUACUAGUAGCAGCAGCAGCAGCAGUACCAUUACCGUCACCUCACUGGAUAGCUUCCCUGAAAUUCAUAUAUUCGCCGUAUGGAGAGAAGACGAACGACGAGCCUGCGCAACGAGCGACGACCUCGAGAAAGGACCCUGUCUGAAGAAUUUAGGGCGAGAAUGUUAUGAAUAGGGAUGGUGUGAGUCCUACCAGCAGAGAUAAAACAACGAGGGAAGAGAAUAAUCAUCUUGAGGCACUCUCACCGUCUUCUCAACAUCAUCAAAGGCAUGGCUUGUCAACUACCAACACACCUCAGACUCAAACCAAUGGCUCUCGAUCAGAGUACAAAGGUCAGUUGGGUUGCUCUAGGUCAUCGGACAAUGAUAGUCCCAUGUCUUCGCAUCCUCUCAAACCUGAUCUUGAGGAAUCCACUGGAGGAACGUCAACCGGAACAUCAGCUAGUUCGACCUCUACUGUUCCUACCGUUACUGCCUCUACCACAGGUGGACCUUCAGCCACCUGCAGAAAUGAGGAACAGGUCGAGGCCAAUCCACUUUUGUCAAAUGGCGUCAGGUGUAUCACUGGGGUCUUUGCUGGUCAUGGAAAACUUAAAAGGCUACUUGGUACACUCGUACAAUUUGCAACUGAUAUAUCAGCCGACACUGGAGACACUGUACGGACCUUGGUACUUGCUCUUUUGAGUGGUACUAUGACUGCCGAAGAAUUUCACUCUGCUUUGCAAGAAGCUACGAACUUUCCAUUGAGGGGAUUCGUUUUGCCAUACUUGAAACAUACUUUACCAUCUUUACAAAGGGAUUUGAACACGGCUGCUAGAGCUGGUAAUCAGACAUGUGCACAAUUCCUUCGAAAUAACGAAACAGCGAUUUUGGAAGCGGUCGGAUUGGUACCGUCGGGCGAAUCCGUAGAAAUUUUUGGAGAACAUGGUAGCAGCGGUCUUGGAAGUGGAAACGCCGGUAACCAGUGUCCCGCGUAUUAUUCGAUGCGUUCUAGCUCUAAUCCGAAUGUCGGCACCAUUCAACACGCGAACAAUACCACGAACGCUUUGCAUCAUUACUCUGGCUCCUCUCAUGCACCGAAACGUCGUGCUUCAGACACUCCAUACUAUGAAAACGGUACCCUACUCGAGGAUAUACCUGUUUAUGGAAAAAGGCCUAAUCCAUGGGGUGCCCAUCAUCAACAACAACAACAACAACAACAACAACAUCAGCAACAACAGCAAACGGAAAAUUCAUCAUCCUAUUGUUGGUAUCAUCCGCUUCACGCAGCGGGUGGAUCCAUUCAAGGCCACGCACACGGACAUGGCCACGGGCCUAGUCCGGUUCCACCAAGCCUAGUUCAAAUUAAUCAGAUAAAUGCUUUCUCGGCCCCCCAUCAUUUGUCCCAACAGCAACAGCAGCUGAGUCACGUUCAAAACGGUUCUAGCCUCGACGACGAAUGGAAGAACAUUCAUGUGAUGUUGAAUUGUAUUCUUGGCAUGGUAGAAAAAACGAAGAGAGCUUUGGCUAUCCUUCAAAGACGAGGUUGUUCCAGUCCUGCUGCAACACCUAUACCACCGCCAAAUGUGGUCGCACAAAAUGGUAAUGCCAACAACACUACUACCAAUAAUCCUUCAACCAAUGGUGCUCAAGUAGAAUCUUCAACGGGUGAUAGAGAUGGUAGCUUGAAACGUUUGUCUGGAGAAAUUGUUGCUCAGACAAUCAGAGCUACUGAGGAUAGGGUUGCUGAGGUGAAAAGAAGAGCAGAAGAAGCCGUGUUAGAAGUAAAAAGAGCAGCUGUUGCUGAAGUUCAAAGAGCAGUUGCAGUAGCGGUUGCCGAGUCGAGAGCGAGCGAACGUCUGAGAGUACACAGACUUUUAGACUUACCACUAUCUCAAAGAAGUCACGUUGGUGUCCGUCAAGCUUCAUUCGUUAGGGUUCACGGAAGUCCCAACGUGGUAGAGACCAGUGGUAGAACUGCUCCAACACCUACAACUACUUCUAAUUCGGCACCGUCCACUACCGAAGAUGACAAGGAUACACAUUUGACUAAUAUAGUAGGAUCAAAUUGUUGGAAUUGUGGCAGACCAGCAUUAGAAACAUGCGGUGGAUGUGGGAUCGCAAGAUAUUGCGGUUCCUUUUGUCAACAUCGCGAUUGGGAGGCUGGUGGACAUCAUGCAACGUGCAAUAAUCCUUUACCACGAGAACCUCGAAGAUCAUCUUCGCGUAGUCCGCCUAGAAUCGGUACAGCUAGCGUCACUGGAAGUAUCAACGACGCGGAAGGUUCAACCGUGUCGGCCACGGCAAAUACCAUCUCCAAAGGGAAGUGACGACAUGAAGGAAAGAGUCACGUUCCAUUACGAUUAGCCAGACCGAUCUAUUUCGAUCCACGCUGAUGUUUCCUCACAGAAGACUCAGAAACUUCUUACUUAAUUAUCGACUCUAUUAUACUUUCGACUCGCUUUCAUAUUUUUCUUUCCUUUUUUCUUUUUAAAAAUUUUUGUUGAUUAAUCUUCGAAGUAUGGAUUGUUUAGAAUACGAUUUAUACAAGGAUGCAUUUUAUUAUCGUAACGAUUUGUUCUUGUCAUUAGACGAAUUUGUUAAUGUUUUUAUGUUGUAUAUCGAAGGAAAAUUAUAUUGAAAAUGUUGAGUAAUCGAGUAAGUUGUGAUUCGUUUUGUAAGAUCAUUUUUUUGAUGACGUUCAACUGAAAAAAAGAAUGAUCCUUGUAUAGUUCUUGUAAAUAUCACAUUAAUGAAAUGUAAUAGAAAUGUGUGAACGUAUCCGAAUACGUAUGACGUUUGUUGGGUAUGAUGAGCGUCCUAGGCUUGUACCAUUGUUCAUCUGUGUUGCUAAUUCAUAGUCAACAAUUCACCUUGAAUGUGCAUGCACUUGGUACGAAAAAUUGGUGUAAAGUUUCUUCUAUUCAAUGACAAUUAUCGAUUUCCCAAUAUCCGUAGUGAUCAAACACAUUGUCUUACGUAUCAAACAAAGAUCAUUUACAUCUAAAGAUCAAAUUCUAUUUGACAAAAUCGUAAGAUAUUCUUUGUACCAAAGAUCGGUGUUUUUUCCUAUAUGAAAUCUUUCAAUAUAUUACUAUCUCGCAUUCUUUUAUUUAUUCGCCAUAUUGCUCUUUCUCUCUGUCUGUCUCUAUAUCUAUUUCUCUUUCUCUCUCUUUUAAUAUUCCAUCGAGAUGCAAUUGUAAUCUAACAGUAAGAUCCAACAUGCGAUAGGAUUUGAUCGCUUCUAACGAGCGUACACAACAAACGGCUUACAUCGAUUUUACCCUAGUCAAUUGAUAGACUUAACGAUUGUAAUGACAGAUGUAACAAAAAAUUCUUACUUCGAUCAAUCGAAUUAUAAUUAAUUGUGUAUCUUAAAGUCUAGUCAUGCGUGGUUGCGAGGAGACGAUUUUAUUGGUUAUACAUAUUAGAAAAUUUUCCUCGAACUUAGAUAACGAUUUAUUGUAAUUCCUUCUGGGCACAUUGCAUUGCAGGAACGUACGAUGAAUUUUAUGAAAUGUAUUUAUGAAAUAACAUGUC